AUGCCUUCUCAAAACAGGACCCUGAAACUGAACAGUAAACUCUCAUUUGGCAAAAUCUUCGAAGCAGGCAGCUUCAUUGUCUUUUACUCGUCAUCAUACGAUCCAGUACCAGACACUACUGCGUCUAUCGACAACACCAGUGUCAAUAUCACCAGUGCUGACGAUGAGGACCUUCUGCACAUCUCUUUCCGCCGUGUUGAAAAUCAGAUAGUGUUCAACAGCCGCCUCAAGGACACGCAAGGCAAUUUAGUAUGGGGCUCAGAAGAACGAGUUCCCCUCCAGGGCGUGUUUAGUAAGACUGAUGUUACGAUUCUUGUUCGUCUUGAGGACGAUGUCUACCAGGUCUAUGUGGACGAUUCGAUCAUUCAUAGCUAUAAAAAGCGGAUUCGAAAAGAUGCCAGAGGAGUCUCUUAUAGAGCCAACACCAAGUCUCUCUUCACUGAUCCCAUCCAAGUCCAGCUCGUGACACCCGACGCGGUCUCAGAUAUCAAGCUCAAGCCGGCAACUAGCUACGAAGCUGCAUACUUUACUCUGAAGCCCGAGGACAUAGCGGCAGAGUCCGAGAAAGACCCGUUUGACUACGUCAUCAUUGGAUCUGGAAUCGGCGGUGGCAUGCUUGCCACAGACCUUCUUGAUAAGAAUAAGCGUAUGUCGAGCAGCUUCAGUUCACAGUCGAACAACUCAGUUACUCGCUCCUCCGGAACUUGCGAUGAGGCACAUCCCAUUGCGGAAGACACAAAGGAGAGGACUAAACGGAUUCUCGUUAUCGAGCGCGGGAACCUCCUUUUCCCGACACACUCGCUCAACAUGCCUCGCCCGACGAGCCGCGGAACCUACGGCCAGAUGAACGAUCUAUUCUAUAACCAUUUCAAGAGCAACUGGGAGAUGGACGACGAGACGCGCAAGAUUUGGAAGGGCGGUCCAGUGUACUGCCUUGGUGGCCGUAGUACGGUCUGGGGUCUCUUUUGUCCCAGUAUACAGCGAAACUUGCGAAAAGCUGAAGAAUGGAUGAAUAUCUCGUACCCACAAACUCUUCCCCUACACCGUGCGCUCAAGGACAGUCUGAACCUCCACGAUGAGGAGUCUCGGCUUCCGACUACCCAGUGGGAAUGGGGACGUGUGGCUUCUGAGUUCCGGAACCCAGCUAACUUUGACUUUGCUGAGGGCGCAUUCAGCACAGUGGACCGCCUUCUCGAGGCUGCAAUGGACAAUCACAAUGGUCAGGGAAAGUUCAAGAUUCUUAUCAACUCACUCGGUUCCCAUCUGGAACCCCAGCCACAGCCUGGAAAGAAGCAGUCGGCCACGCAUGUGGUUGUGUCAGCUAAAGAUACCUUCGGCAGCGAGUUUGCUCGCAACUUUGGGCAUCUUACCGACCACUAUAUCUUUUAUGUCACGAUGCCGUUCUACUACAAAGACAUGAAACUGAGGAAUACUCUUGGCGGCGUUAAGCUCCAGACCGACAUCAAAUUCAAUUACAUCGACCAAAGCACUGCGCUGGCCAAUAUCUCACUUGACGCCUCCUCUUUCCUGCCUCGCCGGAACAUUCCAGACUCUGAACUUCCGCAAUUCAUCAUCGCCUACAUCUUGCCCUCUCAGCUCUCCCGCGAUAAUGAGGUUGAUCUUGACGACGAAGGCCGGACACGAAUCAAAGUUGGAUAUGCCGACGAUGGUAAGCUGGACAAGAAAAAGAUUGUCUUGAAAGAUUUCGCUGUCGACGUUAUGAACAAGAUUGCUGUCACUCUUGACAUCCAAUUCGUCCAACACAAGUUCGACAUGGACGACUAUGUCAUACUCCCCAAGAUUACUAAAGAUAACAUCCAACUGGGCGAGCUAGGUCCUGGUGGCGUAGCGCACGAGCUCGGCUCGAUCCCGAUGCCCAACGCGUCCAAGAAAGGGGGCAUCCUUGACGAGAACCUCAAGAUGCAGUACGGCUGGGACAAUGUCUACGUCUGCGACUUGUCCGUCUUCCCCUACUCACCCGCUGCCAAUCCAACUCUUUCCCUAGCUGCACUCUCACUCCGCCUGUCUGACCACUUGGUGCCUCCCAAGGACACUGACUACCAGCCGAUCGUGGUUCGCAAUCUGUGCCCGAGCACUGUUUAUGUGACCAUGACUCUAUCUCAUGAGCGAAGCUUGUCGUGGGAUCCGUCGCCGGGCAAGGAUAAGCGGGUGAAGCUUGAGUCAGGUCAGAGCAUGACGUGGAAGCGAGAGCAAAAGGAGACCAUCUUCAUCUACUCAUCGGAGACCGGGAAAGAUUUCAAUGUACAGAUUGUUGAGCCUGGAGUUACAGCUCUUAUUACAGAGUCGCCCUAA